AUGGGGAAGGAGCAGGAGCUGCUGGAGGCGGCCCGCACCGGGCACCUCCCGGCCGUGGAGAAGCUGCUGUCCGGGAAGCGGCUCUCCUCAGGCUUCGGGGGUGGAGGCGGCGGAGGCUCCGGGGGAGGCGGCGGUGGCGGCGGCCUCGGCUCUUCCAGCCAUCCCCUCUCCAGUCUGCUCAGCAUGUGGAGAGGGCCAAAUGUGAACUGUGUUGACAGCACUGGCUACACACCCCUGCACCAUGCUGCUUUGAAUGGCCAUAAGGAUGUGGUUGAGGUUCUUCUGAGGAAUGAUGCUUUGACCAACGUGGCUGACUCAAAAGGCUGUUACCCUCUGCACUUGGCAGCCUGGAAAGGAGAUGCCCAGAUAGUGCGGUUACUCAUCCAUCAAGGGCCCUCGCACACCCGAGUCAAUGAACAGAAUGCUCUUGAGAUCAAAGAACUCAAAAAGUACGGCCCCUUUGACCCUUAUAUCAAUGCCAAGAACAAUGACAACGAGACAGCCCUGCAUUGCGCAGCACAGUACGGCCACACAGAGGUAGUGAAGGUGCUCUUAGAGGAAUUAACGGACCCCACCAUGCGCAACAACAAAUUCGAGACACCUCUGGACCUGGCAGCACUCUACGGGCGACUGGAGGUGGUGAAGAUGCUUCUCAAUGCACACCCCAAUCUCUUGAGCUGCAACACUAAGAAGCACACCCCUCUUCACUUGGCAGCAAGGAAUGGCCACAAAGCCGUGGUCCAGGUCCUCCUUGAUGCUGGCAUGGACAGCAACUACCAGACGGAGAUGGGCAGUGCUUUGCAUGAGGCUGCUUUGUUUGGCAAGACCGAUGUGGUACAAAUCCUGCUGGCUGCAGGAAUUGAUGUCAACAUAAAGGAUAACCGUGGACUGACUGCCCUAGACACUGUCCGGGAACUGCCUUCUCAAAAGAGCCAGCAGAUAGCAGCACUUAUUGAAGAUCAUAUGACUGGAAAAAGAAGCACAAAUGAGGUAGAUAAAACUCCUACACCCCAGCCACCUGUCAUCUCCAAUAUGGACUCCGUGUCACAGAAGUCUCAGGAAGACGUGGAGAAAGCAGUGACUGAACUGAUCAUCGAUUUCGACACAAAUGUUGAAGAGGAGGGUCCCUACGAGGUGCUAUACAAUGCUGUUUCCUGCCACUCACUGGAUAGCAUGGCCAGCGGGCGAUCGUCUGACCGAGACUCCAUGACCAAGGAGACCGAGGCAGCAGGAGUGAAAACUGCUGGAGUGAGGCCUAGGGAACGUCCACCGCCUCCAGCAAAGCCGCCCCCUGAUGAAGAGGAGGAAGACCACAUAGAUAAGAAGUAUUUUCCCAUGACAGCUUCUGAGGUCCUGGCCAUGAGACCUAGGAUUCAGGGGAGUGCAGCCAGAAGAGAGGACGAGCAUCCUUAUGAGCUGUUGUUAACAGCAGAGACAAAGAAGCUGGUGCCAGUGGAUGGAAAAACAAAAGACCACAGGCAAAGCAGCAGCAGCCGGAGCCAGGACUCAGCAGAGGGGCAGGACGGGCAGGUCCCAGAGCAGUUCUCAGGUCUCCUUCACGGCUCAUCCCCAGUGUGUGAGGUGGGGCAGGACCCUUUCCAGCUGCUCUCUGCCACUAGCCGGAGCCAUCCAGAAGGGUCUCCCCUGCAAAGCACCUGCCACAAGGUCAGCAUGCAGCUGGAGGAGAGGGGCUUGCAUACUCCUGGAGCUCCCCAGCCCAGUGUCCUGGACCAGAGCAAGAGAGUGGGCUACACAGCAGGCCUGCCCACCACCAACAGCCGGUCACACCCUGAAACUUUGACUCUCACAUCAUCUCCACACCCUGGUGGUGCUGAGGAAGAAGGAGACCGGAGUGGGGCCAGGAGCCGAGCCCCUCCCACCAGCAAACCCAAAGCUGAACUCAAACUCAGCCGCAGCUUGUCCAAGUCUGACUCUGAUCUCCUGACCUGUUCACCCACAGAGGACGCUACAAUGGGAAGCCGGAGCGAGUCCUUGUCCAACUGUAGCAUCGGGAAGAAGAGGCUGGAGAAGUCACCUUCCUUUGCUUCAGAGUGGGAUGAGAUUGAGAAAAUCAUGAGUUCUAUCGGAGAAGGGAUUGACUUUUCUCAGGAACAGCAGAAGAUCUCAGGUUCGCGGACGCUGGAGCAGAGCGUCGGGGAGUGGCUGGAGUCAAUUGGGCUGCAGCAGUAUGAGAGCAAGUUGCUUCUGAAUGGCUUUGAUGAUGUCCACUUCCUGGGGUCUAAUGUGAUGGAAGAGCAGGACCUGCGGGAGAUUGGCAUCAGCGACCCCCAGCACCGGCGGAAGCUGCUCCAGGCUGCACGCUCCCUGCCCAAGGUGAAGGCUCUUGGCUAUGAUGGGAACAGCCCCCCAUCGGUACCCUCCUGGCUGGACUCCCUGGGGCUGCAGGACUACGUCCACUCCUUCCUGUCAAGUGGCUACAGCUCCAUCGACACUGUGAAGAACCUCUGGGAGCUGGAGCUUGUUAACGUCCUAAAGGUCCACCUGCUCGGCCAUCGCAAGCGCAUCAUCGCCUCCCUCGCAGACAGGCCCUAUGAGGAGCCGCCCCAGAAGCCCCCACGGUUUUCCCAGCUGAGAUGCCAAGACUUGAUCUCCCAGACGUCAUCCCCCCUGAGCCAGAAUGAUUCCUGCACUGGGCGGUCAGCAGACCUGCUGCUGCCUCCUGGGGACACAGGCCGGAGGUGGCAUGACAGUCUUCACGACCCUGCGGCACCCUCUCGAGCAGAGCGCUUCAGAAUCCAGGAAGAGCAUCGUGAGGCCAAGCUGACCCUCCGGCCACCCAGCCUGGCUGCCCCCUAUGCCCCUGUGCAGAGUUGGCAACACCAGCCAGAGAAACUCAUCUUUGAGUCCUGCGGUUACGAAGCCAAUUAUCUGGGCUCCAUGCUGAUCAAAGAUCUGCGAGGGACAGAGUCCACACAAGAUGCCUGUGCGAAGAUGCGGAAAUCCACCGAGCACAUGAAGAAGAUCCCCACCAUCAUCCUGUCCAUCACCUACAAAGGAGUGAAGUUCAUCGAUGCCUCCAACAAGAAUGUCAUCGCAGAGCACGAAAUCCGGAACAUUUCCUGUGCGGCUCAGGACCCAGAGGACCUCUGUACCUUUGCCUACAUCACCAAGGACCUGCAGACCAGCCACCACUACUGCCAUGUCUUCAGCACGGUGGAUGUGAAUCUGACCUACGAGAUCAUCCUGACACUGGGGCAGGCGUUCGAGGUGGCCUAUCAGCUGGCCCUGCAGGCCCAGAAGUCCAGGCCCAUGGGGGCCUCUGCAGUGGAGACGAUUGAAACAAAGUCUUCCAGACCGGUGCCUAAGCCUCGGGUUGGCAUGAAGAAAUCCGCACUGGAACCACCUGACAUGGACCAGGAUGCCCAGUCCCAUGCCAGUGUCUCCUGGGUUGUGGACCCAAAACCAGACUCUAAGCGGAACCUCAGCACCAAGUAUGAGACCACUAUCUUCUAAAACAACUCACUCCCCGUCUCCACUAGUCUCACUGUGCCUUUGCCACCCACUCUUUCUGCUCUUCUCGACUCUCUCCUUCCAGCUGCUGGCGCCAAGGCCCCACCUUCCUGGGACCUGCCCUCCUGGGCAGCAGCUCUAGACACUGUACACCCACAGCUCCCGCACCUAACACCACCGAACACUGUGAAUUCUCCCCCAUGGGCUGAGAAGCUUUGGGGGGGAGGGGAGUUGCCUUUGAGGUGGGUACCAAGAGGGCUCAGGGGCUCUGUGGUGUCCAGGAGGCAUCUGGCAGGCACUGCAAGUCCUGAGGGCUGGUGGCACUCUUCGAGCAGACCCCGAGCACACCACUGACAGCUCCUGCUGAGUUGAGCUGGGUUCUGUCUCUUGGCUCCUUCUCCCGUCUUCUGUACUGAGCCACAGCCAUGUACUGCUGCCAAGAGCUGUUUUCACCUUUCCUGACACAACCAACCACUGUGACCAACCAGUGCCAGAAUCCCCUUGCACGCUGCUCCCAGCUGCAGCCCUGCCCUGCCCUCCUCCGCUGCUGUAGGGUACUGGCCUUGCUCUCAUGGCCAGGCCCCUGUGAGACCCUGAGCUCAGUGAUAUGGCUUGACCAGGGACAGACUGCUUUCUGUGAGGGCCCAAGUUAGUGUCAGGCCAUGGGCACAUGCCAACUCUAAAGCGUGGGGCUCUGAGCAUCUGAACACCCACAGGCUGGCUCCGCUCAGCAGGUUUCUUGGUCCUCAUGGGCCUUCACUCCAAGGAAGGGGGUGGCAUGUAUGUGGUCGGCCCCUCAUGUCUUCACCGUUCAGUCACAAGGUCUGGAAGCCUUGGGCCUGGCUGUGGAGUUUAGGUCACUGAGGAGGAAGGCCUUCCUGUAGGAUCCAGCAAAAGGGAGACCUGUGCCCUGCACACACGGUGCACCUUCUUCCUUCACAGAUGGAGCUGCUUGAGUACAGGGACCUGGACCUAGCAACUUCCAUUGUCCUCCAGGAGCUUCCUGUCCCUUGUCCAUGGUGUGGGGAUCAAAGAAAGUCAGCCAUCGUCCCGUCCUUUCCCUGAUCAACCUCCCUCAGCUCUUGACUCCUCUGAGAGGAGAGGUCGUGCAGUAUGUCACCUCCCAGCAGUUGAGCAGCUGGGAUCGUGGAGCUGAGUCUUUGAAGAAGCCCCACACUCUCUGGUGUGGGCAAAUCAGUUUAGAUGACAGGAGACAGGAAAGAAGCAAAUGGAGCAUAGUCUAGUAGAAAAGCCAGUAAGUCAUGGCAGUUAUUUUAGAGUUGAAACCCAAGUUGAUAAACCAGGGUGGGUCCUUCUGUCCGCCUGCCUGUCCUUGUGCCUUCCUGAGCAGACUUGCCACUCCAGAGCGGCAGGGGGCUGUGGGCCAUGGAGGGCACAGGGGGAGGCCGUGAGGGACCUUCCGCUCUGCUUCUGUGUCUCCUUUCAGUCCCCUCCACCUUGUGCAGUCCCCUUUGGUUAACCCUUUCCUCCCCCCAUUGUUUGCUUCUGCCAAGCUGAGCCACUGAGGAACCACACUGUGCUGCAGAAACAUAGAUGUGGGGAGCACAGGCUCCUGCCACCACCAUCACCACCACCGUCUCACCUGCAGCUUUGAAGACCCUCCCAACCUCUGCCUGCAGGACCUCCUCUCCGCUGCUCGGCCUGGGCCUGCCACCACCAGGUCUUGCAGAGUGAGCCCUGCCCUAGCUGCGGAGAAGCACUCCAGGCCUGUAGUAGAUGAGACUGGAACUCCGGAGGGUCAAGAAGUGACUUGUCCAGAACACAAUUUUUUAAUAGUAAAAAAAAUCUUUUUAUAAAAUGAACUUCUAACACUUGGCUCAAACCUCUAGGUCAAACUGCCAAUCUUUAGACAAAUGGCCUAGGGUCAGAGAGCAGGGGAACUAGGGUUGGCUAAAAGGCCACUCUGCAGCCCUCUGUCCUCAGCAUGGGAUCUUGGUGUGGCCCAGGAGGUCUGAAGAUCAGGCAGUGGCUUGUGGGUGAGGUGAAAGGAGCAGGCUCAGGGGCAAAAUUGAAUAGAUUUGAUAGAGUCUGCUUUUCAAACCCAACCAAAUCAGUUGCUUUUCUUUACAAACUGCCCAACUUCUUGCCCAGUCUAGAGCUGGACAGAAGUGGGCUGUGCAGUAGGAAUGCAGCCUCAGAGACACUGGGACAAAAGCAAAGGCUUUGACAGGUUCCUGGGGUUCCAAAUGUGAGGGGUCCAGUGGCCAAAUGGAGUGAGCAGUUUCUGGUGCCGUGAAGUCUCAGCAGUGCUGGGCCUCUCCUCAGCCUGCCACCUGUCAGUGACCAGAGCACUGUCCUGGGCCAGCUGGCACACAGCUCUCUGGUGACAGACUGCCUGAGCUGAGUCGGAAAGGAGAAAAAGCAGCUUUAUUUGGGGCAUUAAUGGGUAGGUCACCUAAGAUUGCUACUUGACAGGUUGUAAUUUAAUCAGGUCUGUGUGAUUAGGGCUCAUUUUGAUUCUCUGAAUUAUUGGUUUGACUGUUGUAUUCUCAGCUUCUGGGCUUAUCCUGGCUACAGGUGUGCAGAAGGCUAAAUAAGGUGAUAGUCCAUUUGAUUGUCCCCCAAUGUAGCCUUCAGGGCAAGCUGGCAUCCUGGUACACCACUGCUGCUUAAACCUUCCUGCCAGCUGGCUUUGCUUUUAAAAGUAACUGGGGUUGCAUUCUUCCUCCUGGGCUGUAGUUGGCGUAAAGGAGCUAACUCCUGUGGGGUUGAGAGGCAAAGCCAGGCAGCCGCUUGUCCAACACCUUCCAGGGCAGGUCGCAGCAGGAGCAGUGCUUCCCAUGGGUACUUUUACAGGCCUGGUGCUUUACUGGCACAGUUCACUCUGGCCCCAGGAGAAGUAUUCCAGGCUUCAGGAACACCUGUUUCCCAGCAGAGGUUGUGAAUUGAAAUUCUGUGUUGGUGUGUAUGCGCAGAGGGUGCUCAGGUACGUUCACAACCCCAGUGGUUGGCCAGGAGUUGAAAGUAGGGCUGUGUCUUCCAUCUGACUUGAGGCUGGGCCUUGUGGCUUUCCUGUGUGCUCAGCAUCCAGCACAGCAGGUCCUGGGAUUCAGCUCCCCUCUACAGGAGAGGUAGGCUGUCCUCUGCUUCUGCCAAACAAGGACCUCGAUGCCUUCCUGCUCCUUUCAGGGUCUGUGAGUAUUCCUAUCAGCUCACCCUGUACAGUAUUCAGCCCCGACUUUCCUCCAAGAAUUGACAAGGAAACCUGCAGUUCUUAAGUGACUCGUGCUGGUCCCUUUUUUCCUUCUAAGGAAGCCAAGUCACAUCUCAGUAGCCUCUGCUGGCUGUUCGGUCCAAAAAGAAAACCAUACAGACACUACGAUGAGUUCCUCAAGCUGUCUUUUUUUAAAAAAUCAUAUGUAAGUGUUUCCUCCCCUUGAAGCUGCUAUAUCUUCUUUAUUUAUUCAGGGUAUUUUCAUAUUAGAAAGCCUUAGCAAGUCUGCUGUGGCUCUGGGUUGUGUUUUGAAAUUGCUUUAUUUCCAAAUAUUCAAGAAAAGAAAGUGACUAGGUUCUCCUUCCUUUCGUUCUUUUUCUUCCCUCCUUUUCUUUCUCACUCCUCUGGGGCAGGUACUCUCCCUUUCGUAGAAGGGAAUAUUGUCACUAUAAGGACAGGCUUCAAGUGGAAAAGCUCCUGCUUUCGCACUUCUCUAGUGUAGGUCACACAGUGUGGCAAAUCGUCGCUGUGUGUGAGCUUUGAAGGAGCCCGUUUGGAUGGGAGACUUACCAUGGGUGGAGGACCUGUCCCCGGCGAGGUUCCUGCCUCUUCUCGUCUGCUUGCCGGCUGCCCCGCGCAGCAGGACUGUCCUGACAGGCUCUGUGUUUGCAGCACUCUGCUUCCCCUGUGGGUCUCUAGCGUCAGAUACUAGGGGGAGUUCCUUGAGAAGCCUUGGGUUUGACAGGCAGCAAGCAUAGUUAUAGUUGUCAAGACAUUAGAUAACUAGUCUGAACUUGGUCUGUUUUUGAGAUGCCCAGGCCUGCAGAAUGCAAUUCACAAAAGUAUUGUUGCUAAUGGUGUGGCAACGGGACUGAAUUGUAAUAAAAAUGUUAUUUAAUCUUUGUCUCUGUAUUUUGAUACUUGAAUGACCUCCCCUGUUGUUUUAUUGUACAUAUAUAAUUGUUAAUCUGAUUUUGUCUGAAUUAUAAACAUCUUGUGGUACCAAACAUAACCAAUCUGUGCAACAACAUAGACUGACCUCACUACAUGAGAGAGUGUACAUAUUCCUGGGUUUCCAGCUUUGGUUUUGUUAUUUUCAUAACUGUACAAUGUAGAACAGACUGAAUUAAUAAAUAAGCGACGUAAAACCAGC